AUGACUGACUAUAGUGGAUAUCUCUUUAAAAUCUUUUUGAACGGGUUCAAUAUUCGAACUGGAAGUCUUAAAAUCAUGAAAAAUCUAGAAAUACAAACACCAAAUUUUAUUAUAUCUUCUUCAAGAGGAACUGUCCCUCAUAUUACUCCAGAUCACUUAAAAAGCACUGGUAUUACUGGUAUUUAUAUGGCAUUGGAGGAUUUUAUUGAAUAUCCAGCCUUUAAUAUAAAGAAAGAGGACAAGAAGGAGUUUAAUCCGUCGCUGAUAUGUAGCUUAUCAUUAAGGGAAUUUGUCCCGUUGUCAAUGGAUCAUUAUAUUGUACUUGGAAUAAGACGGUCAUCAUUUAAUAAUAUGAAGCCUAAUUCAUGGAAAGCCAUGUAUAUUGAGGCAUUAGGAGGGAAUAAAUUAAUAGAUAUAAGGGAGGUGAUAAAUUUUUGUGAUAGGCUUAGACCGGAUAUGAUUAUUUCUCCGGUUGAUAUACAGCCUGAUAAUGUUUCAGAGAAGAAACGUUUUAGUAGAAUGAUUGAGAGGAGUGAAUCAUGGUUAAUAGAGUUAUUAGAGAAAAAGGUUAAUUCUAUUAUUUUUGCAUCAAUACCACCAGUUUCUAAAGAAUUAUAUCAACCAUAUUUUUCAAUACUAGAAUCUAAUGUUUCAGAGAUCCACGGUUUAGCAUUGUAUAGUAUGGAACAAUCGAAAAUGAUUCCGAAUUCUUUACAUCAUUUACCUUUACUUUUAAUGGAACCUAUUUACUCUCCUCAUUUAAUACUUAAUUGUAUAGAAAAUUCAGUAGAUCUUUUUACAAUUGAUUUUAUUUCAGAAUCAUCUGAUUCAGGUAUUGCUUUUACAUUUCAAUUUCCACCUUCUCUAUCUACAGAGAAGAAUAAAAGGCCUCUUGGAAUUAAUGUUUUAAAUGAAGAGUAUAAAACUGAAAUGUUGCCUCUUUUGCAGGAUUGUGAAUGUUACACAUGUAAAUAUCAUUACAGAGCGUAUAUAAGACAUUUAUUAGUUACAAAAGAAUUACUUGGACAUGUUCUUCUUCAAUUGCAAACAUAA